GCCUUGAGUAAAGUCCGGAUCACAAAGAGAACAAGCAGACAGGACAGUUUGAGAGAGAGCGUUGCAGUAACAGGUCCCUGCAAAUAAGAAAAAGGAGGCCAGAUUCCAGCUAUCAUCCUCCUUCUGAGGUCUUCGCUGUGAUAUCAUGGAUCUCCUUCACAGCUGGGGGGUUGAGCUGGCCAUUCACCUGCAGACCAGAUACAGCAGGUACGAGGGCCUUUUCAGCCUUGCUUCUGCCGUGGCUGAUUUGCACACCACGUUCUUCUGCCUGUUCCCCGUCUGGUUCUACAUACGCAGAGACACGGGGGUCAGGCUUAUCUGGGUGGCUGUCAUCGGAGACUGGCUCAAUUUAUUGCUGAAAUGGGUUCUUUCUGGGGAGAGGCCGUACUGGUGGGUUCAUGAGACCCAGUUUUACAGAGCGGGAAAGGCCCCUUCGCUGCAGCAGUUUCCAAUCACAUGUGAGACUGGACCAGGAAGCCCUUCAGGUCAUGCUAUGGGUGUAGCUGGUGUCUGGUAUGUGAUGGUUACUGCGUUGCUUUCAAUUGCAAGAGAAAAAAAAUGCCCCUUUUUGCUAUACAGGUUGUUACAGAUAGGUUUGUGGGCCUUGAUGGCUCUGGUGGUGCUGAUUGUCUGCAUGUCCAGGGUUUUCAUGGCGGCCCAUUUCCCACAUCAGGUUAUAACAGGGUUCAUCACAGGGAUUGUUGUCGCUGGAAUAGUUUCCAAAAAGAAGUGGAUUUACAACGCCAGCAUGAGCAAAUACCUCAUCAUCACCAUCUUCAUGACUGUUUUCGCUAUUGGCUUCUACCUGCUGCUUAAAAUUGUUGGAGUGGACUUGCUUUGGACCAUAGAAAAAGCCCAGAAAUGGUGCAUCCGGCCGGAGUGGAUCCACAUGGACACCACACCCUUCGCCAGCCUCCUGCGUAACAUGGGUAGUCUGCUAGGGCUCGGACUCGGACUGCAAUCUCCGUUCUACGGUGACUUCAAGAAGAACUCAAAUGCUGCCUUCAAAAUGGGGUGCAUUAUGAUUUCUUUGUUCUUGCUUCAACUCUUGGAUGGAUGGACAUUUUCCUCGGACAACCAUGUGUCUUUUUAUGUACUAUCUUUUGGUAAGAGUGCUUUUGCACUUUUAAUCCCAACUAUUUUGGUUCCUUGGGCUCUCUGCAGGAUCUGCAAAGGAACUGAGGUUGAUAAGAACUUGUAAUUUAGAUCUGACAUGGUGCUUCAAUUUAGCUACUUUUUUUUUUAGCUAUUCCUUAUUUUCUUAAAUUGUUUCCUAAUCUUUAUUAAAGAAAACUCAGAUUAAAUAAGCCAGUAAUUUACUUAAUACAGUGCAAUGCAGUGUAUUUUCCACUAAAAAGAUGCGCAUUGUAAUGCAUCAUUUGCACCUAAAACAACAAAACAAGAAUAGCACUUCCAGAAGGAGAUUUUCUGGUCAUUUUUUCAGUGGACUCUGCAUAUAACUAUAACAGUUUAUUUAGGUUUUCUAAUUAGCGUUAAUUGUGUGAGACGUCACUACUUCCCAAAAAUAAUUUCCACAUGUCUGGCACUGGGAGAAACUAACAAAUUUAAUUUUUAACUCCAAAUAUUCCAAAUAUUUCCCAGAUGCAUCAAUUCGGUUUUUCUCCAAUAUUGUUCACAGAUCUGUUUAAAUAUGUGUUUCUGAGCAUUAUUACUUGGCUAAAAUAAGAGCAGGCAUAUCAAGAAGCAGAUUAGACAACUUAUUUAGUGCACAGUUGUGACUGUGGCCUUCCACCUUAAAAAGCCCAUCUAACGUUUGGUUUUACUGUAUUGAAAGAGUUCUGAAUCGCAGACAGUAUCUGCUUAGACCACAACACAUCUCCUUUAGUGAGAUUAUAGGUGUUCAUGGUGCUGGUUGGAUAAUCUGCCAAAUGUUCUGAAAUGCCUUUAAAGACAGUUUGUGGUACAGAAGUCAAUGCAUAAUUCUCAGCUCAUAUAGAUAUUCAGGCAGUCAUCUUGUAAAUUACAAACUCUCUCAAAACCCACAAUACCCACAAAUCUUUGGUGGUGCUGUGUGAUAAAACUCCACAUUUUAGAGUGGCCUUGUGAAGCACACCUUGGCAAUAAUGCUGUCUAAUCAGCAUCUUGAUAUGCCACACCUGUGGGAUGCUUGGAUUAUCUAGGCAAGGGGGAAAUAUUAACUAAAACAAAGGUUAAGACGAUUUGUUAACAGUAUUUGAAAGAGAGUCUUUCUUUAUAAAAAGAAAAAUUCUUAGAGUCCGUCAGAAUACUGCAAAUCCGUAAGGACUCUUAGGCCAAAGGGGAACUGCAUCAUUGGUUGAGAGUAGCAGUGGCGUCCAAAUAGUAAGGAAGGUGGUAGGAAGAGGAAGCAGGAUACUUCUCCGAAGUCCCUCUCAGCGGGUUUAUAGUUACCAACAAUCCUUUGCAUGACAGGGCAUAUCAGCAAAGCCUAUGUCACAGAGCUGAACAAACCUACAUGAUACCCCAAUCCCAAACCAGCACCUAAACACUAACCCUAAGUACUAUCCCUUCGUCUGUGCCUUCCCAUGGAGGAGCUGCCAUUUUAAGGGUGGUCCUAAAGCCUGUAGUGGGUAGGGUGGGUGGACUGUCCAUCCUUUAAAUAGUGGGUCUGCAUCCAGAAAGUCCAGCCAACUGUCUGGAAUUUGGCGCGAGUGUAUGGUGAACUAAUGGAGGAGGAGACAUGGAAAUUCAAAUGUAAAUUCAGCUGUUUUGCUGCAUUUUGUUACAUUGACUGAAAAUCUCAGGUUAGGAAAAAAACAAAGACAUAAUUGAUUACAAAGGGGAAUUUUUUUAAGAAAGGGGCAAAUGUUUGGUUUCACGUGAACUUAUACCACAGAGCUACAGCCAUUUCCACUGGAGGGAGGAGGGAUUCACAUUCUCAUUUACAAUAGUCACAAUAUGACAAGCACCCUCUACUUGCGUGUCUGUUGCAUAACGGCGUCCAUAAGGCUGACGGCUGUCUGGAAUUAGCACAGCAGUCCAGAGCUCCUUUCCUUUUCUGCUAACCCCAUGAAAGGUGAAGGAAUAGAAGCUAAGAACAGGAGCCAGAAGCUACACUUUGCACAAAAUUCAAAUAAAUGUGAGCAAAAAACAAAAGUAUUAGGUUUAUAUUUUUACAAGUUUAUGUGGUAUUUGACAUACCGGUACUGUAAACCUUUGCUAAGCAACUCUUUUAACGCAUUGAAUUUAUGCAACAUAUGCAAAGUAGAUGUAUUGGGGACUUAAGGCAGCAAGUUGAUUAAGUUAACUCCUUAAAAAGGAUAGAAAUUUAGGUUAAAUCAUCAUUGUACUGAGACAGCAUGAACACUGCAAACAGCAGGUUAUUUGCAAAAAAACCUUCAGCAUCAACCUUUUCUGUUUUUUCUUUAGUAAAAACAUUAUGCAACAGUUGAAUCAUCUUAUGUCCUUCUGUAUCUUACAUUAAAAAGGCACAUUGUAAUUUAAGAUGUUUUAAUAUGUGAGUUUUAAUGUUACUAGCAAUUACUGUUCACAAAUAUUUGUAAUGUUUACUGAGUUAAAUUCCUUAGUCAUCAAUACUGACUUUAAGAGGAUAAAGAAGUGGAUUAGAUUGAAAGAGUUGUUUUAUAUUAACAUAGAGUUCUAUAGCCUAUAAUUCUAUAAUAGGUAUAAAUCUUGUAGAUCUGAUAGCGGAGAUGUAGGAGUGGUUGUUAAGUAUUGCUAGAACAUUCCAUUUGCUAUUGUUUGAUGCCAUUAGGGAUGAUAAUU